GUGCGGCGGGACCGCAGCCUUGAAGCGAGGCUUCAUAUAAUUGCCCGCCAUUCUGCCAUCCUCCCCUGCACUGGGGGUGACACGAGAUCACGGGGAGUCGGGUGCACAGUGGGAGCAGAGAAGCCACCCACUGACCCACCUCGAUGGAGUCGCCGGUCGCAGUCGCCGUCGUCCCGUUCCCGGCGCAGGGCCACCUGAACCAGCUGCUCCACCUGGCGCUGCACCUCGCCUCGCGCGGCCUGCCCGUGCACUUCGCGGCGCCCGCGGAGCACGUCCGCCAGGCCAAGGCGCGCCUCCAAGGCUGGGGCGCCGGCGCCCUCCGCGGCAUCGAGUUCCACGAGCUCGCCAUCUCCGAGUACGAAUCCCCGCCCCCCGACCCCGCCGCCAGCAUGCCCUACCCCUCGCACCUCCUGCCCCUGUUCGAGGCGUUCGUCGCCGACGCGCCCGCCGCGGUCGCGGACCUCCUCCGCGGGAUCUCCGCCUCCCACCGCCGCGUCGUUGUCCUCUACGACAUCAUCACCGCCUUCGCCGCGGAGGAGGCCGCGCGGCUGCACAACGGCGAGGGGUUCGCGUUCCACUGCACCGCCGCGUCGAUCCUCGCCAGGGGGUUGGAUGAAGGGCUCCAGCUGCGGAUGAGCGAUGCGCACGGCUUCGCCGACAUCCCGCCCUCCGGCUUCGUGACCGACAAGCACCUAGAGUUCGUCGGCAAGGCCAGAAGCCACCAAACGAUCCCGUCCAGCGCCGGCAUCAUCAUGAACACGUCCCGCGCGCUAGAGGGUGAGUUCAUCGACUUCGUGACCGAGCUGCUCGGCGCCGCCGGCAAGAAGGUCUUCUCGAUCGGGCCGCUAAACCCGGUGAUGGACGCGAACGCGCCCGAGCCGGUAGCGGAGCGGCACGGGUGCCUCGACUGGCUCGACAAGCAGCCGGCCGCGUCCGUGCUCUACGUGUCGUUCGGCUCGGUGUCCUCGCUGCGCGGCGAGCAGAUCGAGGAGCUCGCGGCGGCGCUGCGCGACAGCAAGCAGCGCUUCAUCUGGGUUCUGCGCGACGCGGACCGCGGCAACGUGUUCGCGGGCUCCGGCGAGAGCCGGCAAACCAAGUUCCUGUCCGAGUUCACCAAGCAGACACAGGGAACAGGGCUGCUGAUCACCGACUGGGCGCCGCAGCUGGAGAUCCUCGCCCACCCCGCCACGGCGGCGUUCCUGAGCCACUGCGGCUGGAACUCCACCAUGGAGAGCAUGAGCUACGGGAAGCCCAUCCUGGCGUGGCCCAUGCACUCGGACCAGGCGUGGGACGCGGAGCUGGUGUGCAAGUACCUCAAGACCGGCUUCCUGGUGAGGCCAUGUGAGAAGCACGCCGAGGUGAUUCCGGCGGCAGCCAUACGGGAGGUGAUCGAGAAGAUGAUGGUCUCUGACGAAGGGCUCGAGGUGCGGCAGCGUGCAGUGGCGCUCGGCGAGGCCGUCCGCGCGUCCGCGGCUGCGGGCGGGUCAUCCCAAAAGGACCUUGAGGACUUCAUUGCUCACAUCACAAUGUCCUCGCUGCGCGGCGAGCAAAUUGAGGAGCUCGCGGCGGCGCUGCGCGGCAGCAACCAGCGCUUCAUCUGGGUCCUCCGCGACGCCGACCGCGGCAAUGUGUUCGCGGACGACGGCGAAAGCCGGCACGCCAAGUUCCUGUCCGAGUUCACUAAGCAGACACAGGGAACAGGGCUGCUGAUCACCGACUGGGCGCCGCAGCUGGAGAUCCUCGCCCACCCCGCCACGGCUGCGUUCGUGAGCCACUGCGGGUGGAACUCGACGAUGGAGAGCAUGAGCCACGGGAAGCCCAUCCUGGCGUGGCCCAUGCACUCCGACCAGCCCUGGGACGCGGAGCUCGUGUGCGGGUACCUCGAGGCCGGCUUCCUGGUCAGGCCGUGCGAGAAGCACGCCGAGGUGAUUCCGGCGGCGACCAUACAGCAGGUGGUCGAGAGGAUGAUGGCCUCCGACGAAGGGCGCGCCGUGCGGCAGCGGGCCGCGGAUGUCGGUGAGGCCGUCCGCGCGUCCUUGGCUGCCGGCGGGUCAUCCCAGAAGGAUUUCGAGGACUUCGUUGCUCACAUCACGAGGUGAAGUAAGAACACAAUGCAAUGUCGGAGAAUUUAAAAGUCUCCCGUGCGUGUUUGUUUCAAUUUGAAUUCGAGCUGUAUUUGCUUCUCCAAACCGAGAGGAGAGUGAUGAUCCGUGCCAGUGUAACAUAAAAGCUUGCUUUGUCGACCAAGCUCGAACUCCUGGAUGGUUCCAAACAAGCAGAAUAGUGCAGUCCUCCGGAUGCUUAUCGCAUACUGUUCAUGACUGCCUCGCAUCAGAAAAAUAAGAGUUUGAUCCUCCAGGAUCCAAGCGAUGGCCAUGAGUGGUGCAGGAUGUCAAGUACAGGCUUGUAGCAUCCGAAUCGUCCCCAACUGUUUGAUCGAGCGUGAACUCUCCGUGCGUGCCCGCACAGGGCCGGCGACGACAAAAGCGUCAGCUGUCAAAGGGCGGCAGCCACCACUCCACUCCACUGGCAAGAGUCCAACACAGGACGUCACAUCAUUCAGUGCCGCAGCAGUCGGUGGUGCCGCGCCGGUCGUCACUAGCGAUUGCUCCUACGCAGAAAAUUAGCACAUAAUGGCCGUGAGGUCGCGAGUCGUUGCUGAAGGUUCAGGCCAAGCUACCUGGCAGCUUGAGACAUACGGAACAGAAGGCACUCGCGGCUGGCAACAUGCCAUGACAUUGGUUGUAUCGUGUCUUAGAACCCAGCGGAUCGAUCUGCUCGAGCUGGAUCCGGAUCUCCAUGGAUCUCGCGAAUCUGCCGCGGUCUCCAGUGGUGGUGCCGAUCAGUGGCUGGCAACUGCUGCUCGGGUGGUCGCGUCGGGGGCUUCUCUCGCGGCGCCCGGGCACGCUCUGGUGGACACCGGGGUAGUGGACACGCAGUCCCUCCGUCCCGGAUAGCUGGGUUCGGGAACCGUGGAAGCGGCGGGAACUUCACCCUCACGGUACGGUGGCUCUAGUUCCACUAGCUAGUUAAGCGUUAUAUUUUAAAGUUCAUUUACAGGUCAUCAAUCUCUCCCCGUAAAUACCAUCAACAUUUUUUUACUCUUAAUUCAACGAUCCACAAACUCUGUAUCAAUAUUUCUUCAGAUAUUUAUUUAUGGCUUGUUCACCACCUCA